CAUAAUAAGUUUUUAUGUCAGUCAUUGUAUGGUCUUGGAGUCGAAAAUGUUUGAUCAAAGAAUAUUGGAUUCAUUGUACAAAUGUGAUAUCGAUGGCCACUGGGCUGAAAAAACAUGUAAAGUCGAGGAGAAAGAACACAAGAUCUACGCAAAAGCAUUAAAAAAAUUAUAUUCAGAUGACUCAGAAUUUUUGAAGGGGGUCGAAGAAUUAAAGGCCAUAGAACAUGAUAAUAUAUUAAAAAUUGACCUAUCAAAAGGAAAUAUACUGGUCAUGCAGUUUGCAGAGCUUGGCUCCCUGUAUAACUAUUUGCAUGGGUCGAACGUGUCCAUGCAAUUGUCCGAUAUAGUUCUAUUAAACUACAUGAAGCAAUGCGUCAUGGGUAUUAACGCCUUACAUAAAAAUAAAAUUCUGCAUCGCAAUCUGAGCACCCGCAAUCUAUUUCUCUUCGACGCAUAUUAUACAUUGAAGAUUCGCCUGGAUCCGACACAAAUAUAUCAAAUGAAGAUAUCGGCAUAUACGGCCCCAGAACUACUAAAACUUUCAUCACACUCGACCCUGAGCGAUGUAUACAGUUUUGGUAUUAUACUGUGGGAAACAAUGUCAGGGAAGAUACCUUUCGAAGGGAUGGCAAGUAAUGAAAUCGCAUGUUUGAUCUUAAAUGGCGGGCGACCCAGUCUGGAAAAUAUGAAGGCCUAUGACUUUAUUGAGACAAUAAAAACGUUGAUCGAGCAAUGUUGGGAUGAAGAUCCAAACAAGCGGCCCACAGUGAAUAUUUUAGAAUUAUUGCUCAGCUAUGAUUAUUGCAAGUUUAUAACGCUGCCGCCAAUUAUCAAGAGCGAUAAGACCCAAAAAUCAAUCGAUAACGACAACAACAGCAACAUCAUGGAGAAUAAAUAAAAGAACAAAUUAUUGGCUCGUCGCUCGCAUAGCAUUUAAAAUCAAUUUUUUUUAUUUUGGCGCCAAAGAGUC